CCGCGCAGUCAUGAUUGGCGCCAGCUUUUUGCCGCUCGCGCUGCUGUGCGCGCUGGCCGCGGAGCCGCCGCCGCCGUUCUUCCACGGCCACGUGUUCGAGAACGCCGCCCCGGGCUCGCGGGUGAGCGGGCUGACGGUGCCUCUCCGGCGGCUGUGCGGCGGAGACGCGGGCUCGCCGCCGACUCGCUUGACGCUGUCGGGCGACGGCCGCGACAAGUUCCGCGUGUCUGCGCACCACAGCCGCGGUCACGUCCUGCUGACCACCCGCGGGCGUCUGGACCGGGAGGAGCGGGCCGAGUACGCGCUGAGUGUGGGCGCGCGCUGCGGCGGCCAGGAGGAGGCUCGCCUGGCGUCCGUCAAGGUGGACGUCCUGGACGUCAACGACCACCGGCCCGCCUUCUCCCGGGGCCACGUCAAGCUGCGCCUGGACGACGCCACCGGCCUGCGCACGGCCGUCCUCACGCUCACGGCCACGGACGCCGACAGCGGCAGGAACGCGGAGCUCACCUACUUCUCCUCGCCCGCCAACGGAACUUUCUACGUGGUUCCCAGGAGCGGCGCCGUCCUGCUGGUGGACUCCAUCCUGGGUCUGGACGCGCCCGUCAGCUUCACCGUCUUCGCGCGGGACCGAGGCUGCCCGCCGCGCACCAGCCAGGGCGUCGGCGUGGAGAUUUGGCCGCGACCGGCGCGCCUCCACAGCCACAGCCGCGCCCCCAGGACGUCCAGGUCCGUCCGGGACGCGGACGCGGACCCCCCGCUGCGCAUCAACGUGUCCGAGGACGCCGCCGUGGGCUCCGUGGUCAUCAACCUCAGCCCGGCGCGCUUCCAGGCGGCCAACUUCGAGCUGCUGGAGCCCGACGGCUCGCCGGUCAGCGUCAACCGGGACAGCGGAGACAUCGUCAUCUCGCGGCGGCUGGACCGAGAGACGCAGCCGCUGGUGGAGGUCGCCGUCCGCGUGCGCGACAGACGAGGUGAGGACUGGUACCUGGUGCGAGUGGACUUGACGGUGACCGACGUCAACGACAACGUGCCCCAGUGGACCAUGGUGCCCGCCCCCUACCAGGCCGUGGUGGCGCCCGACGCCAGCGUGGGCUCGCUGGUCUACGCUCUUCACGCUCAAGAUGGCGACCAAGGACUCAACGGGGAUGUGGAGUACUUCCUGUCUGAUGGUGGGGACGGUCGCUUCGAGGUGGACAAGAAGACGGGUCAGGUGCGGACCACCGGUCUCCCCCUGCAGCCAGACCGAGACUACCUUCUGACCGUGGUGGCCUCAGACCGCCUGGGGAGUCGCAGCGUUCCCGCCGUGCUCUCCGUGGUCGCAGGGCCUCGCCCGCCUCAGUUUGCCAACGCCUCCUUCAGCGUGGACAUACCUGAGAACACGCCGGAAGGACAGCCCUUCCUGGUCACGCCCGCCGUGUCCUUCCAGAAGAAGCCCAUCAGCUACAGUCUGCUCAUCAACCCCAGCAGCCUCUUCUCCAUCUCCCCCCAGGAGGGCCACAUCAGCCUGACCAGGACUCUGGACUACGAGACUGACCAGCACCGCUACUUGCUGCUGGUGCGGGCGGGCGAGGGCCAGGACGGCCUGAGCAGCGCUGCCGAGGUGCGAGUCAGCAUCACGGAUGAGAACGACUGUGUUCCUGAGUUCCUGCAGUCCAUCUACAUCCAGGAUGGAGUUGUGGAGACGGUGAUGACGGCCACCUCGCUGCUGCAAGUUUCUGCCAGCGACUGUGACUCGGAGAAGAACGCUGAGCUGACCUACCACACACUGAGUCCAGACUUCAGCAUCUCCCCUCACGGCACGGUCUUCCCCGCCAGGCCGCUAGACUACGAGCGAGCUAACCACCUGUACGAGUUUGUGGUGAUGGCGGUGGACCAGGGCCAGGUGCCGCGCACCGGAACCACCACAGUCCGCAUCCGCAUGGCCAACGUCAACGACGAGGCGCCGCGGUUCUCCCAACACGUUUACCGGACGUUCGUUUCGGAGGAUGCGGGUCCAAACACCCUCGUCGCCACCGUGCUGGCCAAGGAUCCUGACGGAGACGCCAUCAGCUACAAGAUCACCUCCGGCAACCAGGAGGGAAACUUUGUCAUCGACGCUCACAAAGGUCUGAUCCGUCUGCGCUCCAAGCCUCCUCCUCAGCUGCAGGGCGUCCAGUACGUACUCAAUGUGACCGCCUCGGACGACAACGCCUCAGGCGGUCCUCAGGUCCUGAGCUCCUGUGCCCAGGUGGUGGUGGGCGUGGACGACGUCAACAACAACAAGCCCGUCUUUGACCAGUGUCAGCAGUACCGUGAGAAGAAGACCUGGGUUCUGGAGAACCAGCCAGCAGGAACUUUGGUGCUGCAGGUUCAUGCCCAGGAUGCAGACGAGGGAUCCAAUGGGAAAGUCACGUAUGGAUUUAUGCACAAAGAAUCCACUGUGCCCGCCUUCAGCAUCCAUCCUGACACAGGAACAAUCGUCACCGCCAGGAAGUUUGACCGCGAGCGCCAGCGGGAGUACGCGGUGACGGUGACGGCCACCGACCAAGCCACCGACCCGCUGAUUGGCAUUUGUCAGCUCAACAUCCUCAUCGUGGACCAGAACGACAACAGUCCCAAGUUUGAGAACCUCCGCUAUGAGUACUUCCUCCGUGAGGACACGAUGAUCGGCACCAGCUUCCUGCGAGUGGCGGCCCAUGACGACGACUUUGGCACCAACGCCGCCAUCACGUACUCCAUGUCCAGCGAGCAGCCGGAGUACCUCAGGGUCAACCCCCUGACAGGCUGGGUCUUCGUCAACCAGCCCAUCUCUCAGAGGACCUUCAUCACGCGGGACAUCCUGGCCACGGACGGAGGGAACCGGAGCAGCUCGGUGGAACUCUCCGUCACCAUCACCAACGUGAAGAACCAGCCCCCCCAGUGGGAGGAGCCACGUUACGCCGUGGUCAUCCCGGAGAACACGGUCAGGGACACGCCCAUCGUGACCAUCAAAGCCACGUCCCCGCUGGGCGACCCCCGGGUCACCUACAACCUGGAGGACGGCAUGGUCCCAGAGACCAACAUGCCCGUCCGCUUCUACUUGACCCCCAACCGGGAAGACGGCUCCGCCUCCAUCUUGGUGGCCGAGCCCCUGGACUACGAGACCACCCAGAACUUUAUUCUGCGGGUCCGAGUCCAGACUGUGGCGGCGGUCCCGCUGGCUGCUUUCACCACGGUCUACGUCAACGUGACGGACGUGAACGACAACGUGCCCUUCUUCACCUCCUCCAUCUACGAGGCCUCCGUGACCGAGGGCGCACAAUCAGGAGCACUGGUGUACCAGGUGUCGGCCAACGACUUGGACCUGGGCCUGAACGGGAAGAUCUCCUACUCGCUGCUGGAGGAUCGCAGCGGAGAUCACCGCUUCUUCCGCAUCCAGCCGGAGUCGGGCUUCAUUUACACGCAGACCGUGUUCGACCGCGAGACCAAGAGCUCCUACCUGCUGGAGGUGCAGUCAGUGGACGGCUGGGAGUCUGCCAGGCCCGGCAAACACGGCCAGCCCAACUCUGACUUGGCGUACGUGCGCGUCUUCAUCAGCGACAUCAACGACAACAAACCUGCCUUCGCUCACGCCGCCUACCUGGUGGACCUGCAGGAGGACGCCGACCUCGGCUUCAACGUCAUCACCGUCACUGCCAAUGAUGGGGAUGAAGGUGGGAACGCCAAGCUGCGGUACCAGAUCACAUCUGGCAACACGGGCGGCGUGUUUGACGUGGAACCAGAAGUAGGAACCAUCUUUGUGGCUCAGCCUCUGGACUACGAGCAGAACAAAAGGUACAAACUCCACCUCCUCUCCUCGGACGGCAAGUGGGAGGACUACACCACAGUGUCGGUCAACGUGGUCAACAAGAACGACGAGGCGCCCGUCUUUACCGUCAACCAAUACUACGGCAGUGUGACGGAAGAGCUGGACGGCUCACCUGUCUUCGUUCUGCAGGUGACGGCGACCGACCCCGACAAAGACGCCGACCAGGAAGCCGUGCGCUAUUCCCUCCACGGCCAGGGCGCCGACAGCGAGUUCGUGAUCGACGAGGUCACGGGCAAGAUCUACGCCCAGCGGACCCUGGACCGUGAGGAGCGCGCCGUUUGGCGUUUUGUGGUCCUGGCCACGGACGAGGGCGGCGAAGGUCUGACGGGCUUCACUGACGUCAUCAUCAGCGUGUGGGACAUCAACGACAACGCGCCCGUCUUCACCUGCGCCCCCAGCUGUCAUGGCCAGGUGGCAGAGAACUCUGCGGCAGGCACGUCGGUGAUGGACAUGACGGCCACCGACCUGGACGACGCCGCAGUGGGCCAGAACGCCGUGCUGUCCUACAGGAUGGUGGGCACUCUAGACGCCAACCUGGGAGGUGUGCCCACCUUGUCCGACAUGUUUGUCAUCCACCCGGCCACGGGGACCGUCACGGUGGCCAUGACGGGCCUGGACCGCGAGCAGGCCGAGUCCUACCUACUGCUCGUGGAGGCCAGGGAUGGCGGCGGUAUGGUGGGAACAGCCACCGCUACCGUACUGAUCAAGGACGUCAACGACCAUGCCCCCAGAUUCACUGACCAAUCAUGUGUGGCCACCAUCUCGGAGAACGCUGAGCCCAACGCUGAGGUUCUGGAGGUGACGGCAGAAGACCAGGACGUAGGAGAAAACGCCCAGCUUAGCUUUAGCGUGGUGGCAGGAGACCAGGAGCAGAAGUUCUUCAUGGUGACCAACAGGCAGGAGCAGCGUGGGACUUUGAGACUGAAGAAGCGUCUGGACUUUGAGCGCCACAGCGAGCAGAAGUUCAACCUCACCCUGAAGGUGGAGGACCUGGACUUCUCCAGCCUGCUGCACUGCGUGGUGCAGGUGGAGGACUACAACGACCACGCCCCCGUCUUCAUCCCGCACUUCCUCUCCCUGGGCCCGCUCUCUGAGGACGUCGCCGUGGGAACCAGCGUGGCCCGCCUGGUGGCGAGCGACUCGGACUCGGGCCAGAACCGGGACCUGGUCUACAGCCUGCGGGAGGAUUCCGACCCCGAGGGUCUCUUCGCCGUCGACCAGUCCGGCGUCCUGUCUGUGGCGCGGCCUCUGGACCGGGAGAGGACGGCGCAGCAUCACCUGGUUGUCAUAGCGACGGACCAGGGGGUCCCGCCUCUGUCGGGCAGCGCUACAGUGGAGCUCCCCCUGCUGGACGUCAACGAUAACGGUCCUGAGUUUGAAGCCGCUUACGCUCCCGUGGUGCUGGAGAACAUGGCCGGGCCCCAGGUUGUCAGCAUGAACCGGACCUCCACCCUCCUCCGGGCCGUGGACCGGGACUCGCCUGAGAACGGGGCGCCGUUCCGCUUCUCCGUCCCAGCCGAUUCCGGCCUGAGCGCCGACUUCCACCUGCAGGACCACCUGAACGGCACGGCCACGCUGACCGCCCUCAGGACUUUUGACCGCGAGCGCCAGAGGGACUUCCUCAUUCCCGUCGUCAUGAGCGACAGUGGACGCCCCGCCCACACCGUCACCAGCACGCUGACCGUUACCAUCGGCGACCAGAACGACCACGCCCACCGUGGCGGCCAAAAGGAGAUCUUCUUCUACAGUCACAGAGGCCUCCAACCAACCACCGUGCUGGGGAAAGUCCACGCCCCCGACCCCGAUGACUGGGACAACAAGACCUACGUCUUUGAAGGACCCGCCCCCACGUUCUUCAUCCUGCAGCAGCAGAGUGGCCUCCUCCUCAUCAAGGACUACACACCUUCUGGAACUCACCUGUUGCAGGUGAGAGUGUCUGAUGGCGUGUGGCAGGACGUCGUGUCCUCAGUCCUCGUGCACGUCAGGGACCUCCCCCAUGAAGCCCUGCACCGCUCCGCCUCCUUGCGCCUGGCAGACCUGACGGCCCAGGACUUCCUGCGUCCGAGGGGCAGACAGGCCAGCGGCUACCAGCUGCUGGCUGACUUCCUGUCUGAGAUGCUGUCGGUGGCGACCUCCGACGUGUUUCUGUUCAGCCUGGCGGACGUGAAGGACCAGCGCAUGUUGGACGUGCACCUGGCCGUGCGCGGCGGCGCCUCCUUCCUGCAGCCGGAGAAGGUGCACGGCUACCUGGCGGCGCACAGGCAAAAGCUCCAGUCCUUCCUGCAGGUGCGAGUGUCCCAGGUGGGCGUGGACGAGUGUGGCGGCUCACACUCACAGUGCCAGGGCGCCGGCGGCUGCAUGGGCGUGGUCAAGGUGCGGGACACGCCCACAGUGGUGGACUGCGGGACCAGCAGUCUGGUGUCCGUCACCGUGGAGACCGUCGCCGUCUGUUCCUGUCCAGGCCGGGAGCUGACUCAUCAGUCCUGCUCCGCGUAUCCCACAAGCCCUUGCUUCAAUGGCGGCGUGUGCGUGGACACUCAGCAUGGCUACAGGUGCCAGUGUCCGGCCCAGUUCCAGGGGCCCGAGUGCCAGCAGAACAAGCACAGUUUCCAUGGCAACGGCUACGCCUGGUUCCCUCCCAUGAUGCCUUGCUUCAACAGCCACAUCUCGCUGGAGUUCAUCACCCAGGAACCUGAUGGACUCUUGUUCUACAGCGGACCUUUGGCACAGGCCUGGGACCACCAGGACUUCAUGGCCCUAGAGAUCAUGGAGGGAACGCCAACACUGAAAGUCAAGCGAGGCUCGGGCACGGUGGUGCUGCAGUUGCCUAGCAACGUCAACGUGGCGGACGGGCGCUGGCAUCGACUUGAUGUCCGCAGCAGCAGCCAGGAAGUGCGUCUGACAUUGGAUCGUUGUGCGGGGGCCGUCGUCAUGGAGACGGAGGGUCUUGGCAGCUGGCUGACCACAGAAGAUUAUUCGUCAUGUGAGGUGAUAGGCUCCUCCCCCAGCACUGACAGUCAUGUGACCAGCAGUCCAGUCUUACAGUUAGGGGGCGUCAACGAGGACAUUCCUUACCUCUAUCCUCAACUACAACACAAACAUUUCACUGGAUGUAUACGUGACCUCAUUGUGGACAGCAAGAUGUACGACCUGAGUUCCCCAGCAGAGCAAAGGUCAAGUUCAGGUGUGUGCGUGAGUGACAGCAGCUGCAGCAACAUGGCUCCUCCUCCAUGUGGGCGGGGAGGGCGUUGUCAUGGCGACCAGGCCUCCUACAGCUGCCAGUGUGUGCCCGGCUACUCUGGCCAUGUGUGUGAGGAGGAGCUUCCAGAAUAUUCUGUGGCUGCAGACGCACACGUGCACUACCAGCUGGCUGCACCUCUGCCGGCCCGCAGGACAGCGGUGCAGAUCAUGGUCCGAACCCGCAAACACAGCAGCACCCUGGUCAGCCUCACAGCCAGGCUGCAGAUGGAGUAUUUGACACUGGAGCUGUGCCAGGGCCUCCUGAGUGUCUCCUACAACCUGGGCGAUGGCGACUACAACCUGACCCUGCCCACGUAUCGCCUGGACAACGGUGAAUGGCACCAGGUCUCGCUGGAUCGCCAUGACAACGAGAUGACCUUGCGGCUGGAUGGCGGCGGCGGGCAGAGGGAGGUCACGGGGUCGCGGGGGCGGAGCCGGGAAAUCGUCAUCGACCCCACGCUGGUGAUGGUGGGCAACACCUUCCCGCCCUCGUCCAACAGAAGCUUCCAGGGCUGCCUGAGAGACGUGCGUCUAAACGCUCUUCACUUGCCCAUGGACCCCCAGCAGACACAGGAGGGUGUUUCCCUGGUCAGCGUGCAAGGCAUCACCCCGGGUUGUCGGUCCGACUCCUGCAAGAAGAACCAAUGCAGCCCCCCCUUUACCUGCGUGGACCUGUGGCAGGUGCACGAGUGCAGGUGCCCGCCAGGUCACAUGGUGCGCAUGAACGGCAGCAGGAAGUGGUGUGCGUACACGCCGUGUGCCAGCCAGCCGUGCCACAGAGGUGUGUGCGUGUCGCAGUCGUCCGCAAAGUUCACCUGCCGCUGCCCUGAAGGUCACGGAGGUCGUCUGUGUGAAAGCACGCUGGAUGUUUAUCGCCAUGACGACAGCCUUAGCUUCAGCUCGCUCUUUGCCAUCUGCGUCUGCUUCCUGGCCUCCGUCAUUCUGCUGCUGGCCAUCUUCUGCUACUCCCGCUGGAGGAGCACCAAGGGCCUGAAGGAGAGGGGCUACCACCUGUCAGCACGUCACCAGGGCUGGGAGGACGUCAGGGAGAACGUCCUCAACUACGACGAGGAGGGCGGUGGGGAGGAGGACCAAAACGCCUACGACAUGGCCGAGCUCCAGAAGUCUCUCCAGCCCAGCCCGGUCCAGUCGCUACAGUACCGUCGCUCCAGGGCGCUGCACCACCCUCCUCCGCCCCUCCACCUGCUGCACCAGGCCCCGCCCCCUCCCUCCUCGACACAACCGCCGGACUCGCUAAGCCGGGGCACGAUGCCCCCGUCGGCCCGCGGCACUGUCGGCCCGCGCCGGGACGUUCCCCCCGCCCGCUGCGGCGCCCAGGGCCAGGUGCUGCCCUCGCAGCUGGCGCGCCGCUCGCUCUCCUUCUCCAGCCAGGACCUGGCCCGCUACCUGUGCGAGAUCAUCCGUGACGCCGACCAGCACCCGGACACCGGACCCUUCGACUCCCUGCAGGUGUUCUCCACCGAGGGGGGCGGCUCCCCGGCCGGCUCCCUCAGCUCCUUCGGCUCGGCGGGUUUGGACGCGGGGGGCGGCGGGCAGGGGGCGGCUGAGGAGACGCUCGGGGACUGGGGGCCACGAUUCGAGAAGCUGAGGGCGCUGUACGAGCAGGCCGAGGUCAGUGACCUUUGAACUCCAUCCAGACUCAGUGGACCCUUUCGGGGGGGUGUGGG